UAACUAGUAAACAUGUCCAUCAGCUGGGCUUCUAUGGAUACAGGCGAAGUGGGUGCAUAGCUGAAAAACGCGGCAUACUUUAAGUUUAAAGAGGUAGAAUAUUGUAUAGGUAGGCUCUGUUAUAGCCUGAGGAACAUCUCCGCGUAUUCUCAAGAUGUCGGGCGAGCAUAACGAGAGAAUAAUGGUUGGAGACGUCAAGAAAUUCGCCGAAGACGCGAGGAAGAUGGUCAACUCACAGGAAUUCAGUGAUGUUAAAUUUGUCAUUGGCGAUGAGAGAAGAAACAUCUACGGCCACCGCUGCCUGUUGGCAUCUCGCUGCGAGGUGUUCCGUGUCAUGUUUGCGGACCAUGAGCAGCGUGGAAAGGACACAACGAUGUACCCGUUUGUCUUACAAGACACCAACCCAGACGUCUUCCUCUCCAUGUUGGAGUACAUCUACACCAGCUGUGUCACUCUGGAUGUCCAUACAGCGAUCGAUGUUCUGGCCAUGUCUGUUGGGUAUGCGCUGGGAGAACUCACCAAGUUGUGUGAGAAGUACAUCUGUGACUCCCUGUCCAUCAACAGUGCGUCCGAAGCCAUCCAGGCCGCUGUGACCUACAGUCUGGACGAUCUUGGACAGACUUGCCUCGCGUUCAUCGAAGACAACACAUCUGAGGUCGUCAAGACGAAGGGCUUCCACGAGCUGUCGGACACGGCGCUGGGGGUGAUCCUUCAGAGCGAUAGACUAGCGCUGGACGAGCCGGAUCUGUUAGAAGCUGUGAGGGACUGGGCUACUGUCAACUCAGUUGUGGUGGGUAAGCCUGUGGCAGAAGUAGCGGAGAAAGUCAUCGGCCACGUGAGGCUGCCACUGCUCGUGCCUGAUGAACUCAGCAGGGUGGAGCAGGACAACAAGGACCAGUUAGUGCCGGUGGAACAAAUCUCCUUCACCUGGAAGUUCCACGCCAUGAAGACACCUGAGGCAGGAAACCCCAUCUUCAGGCUGCGCCGUGGCACAGUGGACAGAGAACACCACAAAGUGCUGCCCAAGAAGGCUGACAAGUAGACUAUAAACCAGGGCUGUCUCCAGAUCAAUUUGUUUUCCAUCCCUCUCAUUGUUUGGGAGCCCAUAUUGUUGAUUUUGUCAUUUCAAGGUUAGGCCAGACCAAUUUAAUUUCUUGGUUCUCGGAUUUUUUCAGAAAAAUAUUGGGGCGGUCGGUCGGAAAAAAAAAAA